GAAGGUAUGUGCUUAGGGUGGGGCUGAGAGUCACGGCCUUGGACUCUGCAUGUGGGUCAGUGUGCCGGGGGCGGAUGUGGGAAUGCCUUUGGGUUUCGGCCCGGCAUCUCUGUGCCGACGGCCGGGUGCUUACCCCUGUGUGCGGGCCGCUUGCGGCCGGCGAGCUGAGCGGAGGCCUGUGUGGGCAGCAGGUUCUCCGCUGCCGAGUCUGGGUCUUGGGCGCCCGAGCAGGGUCGGCCUGGGUGUUCACCGACAGCCUCGGUGCAGAGCCUCGGGGUGGAGAUGGGAAGCAGGCCCGAGCUCCCCACCUGGCCAGGCAGCGGACCCUGGAAGAUGAGGAGGAGCAGGAACGUGAGCGCCGGAGGCGACAGCGGAGCCGCAGCUCCAGCACGGACGAGGCCCCGCGGCCUGACCCCAGCGGAGGCCGCCCGGCUGCCGACAGACUGCCAAGCGUGGAGGAGACAGAGGGGCCCGAGUCACCACCGCCGGCCCCUGGAGAUGGGAACGAGGGCGUCCAGGCCGUCGUCAGGACCCGGCAGGAGCGGAGGCAGAGGCGGCGGGCAGUGGAGGUUGCGCAGACCCCCACCCAGGGGCAGCUGGAGGCAGGAGGAGGAGGGGACAGCCUGGGGCCUGCGCAGGUGCAGCAGCAGCCCCUCGUGCCCAAGAGGGAGGUCGAGGCACCACCUCGCCGCAGGCUGAGCCGUGAGCAGCGUGGCCCGUGGGCCAGGGAGGAGGAGAGCUUGGUGGCCAGGGAGCCGGGAGGCGGGCUGAAGGGGGUCUCGGGGAAGCCCGCAGCCUCCGAGUCCCCUUUCCCGGAGAAGGCGUCGGCACUGGAAACGAGGCUGGGCGCACAGGGAGCGCUGGGGCUCGGGAAGCCAGCCCCAGAGAGAACCGGGGUGACCGAGAAGCUGCCGGCCCCAGGCAAGCCGUCAACCGCCGAGAGGAGACUGGUGUCUGAGAAGGCGUCGGUCUUCGAGAAGUCACCGGGAUCAGAGACACAGCUGGUCCCCGAGAGGGCCGUCUCCUCGGAGGAGCCCCAGGCCCAGGAGCCGCCCGCCGCCGGGGGAGGCCUGAGCACCAUCUCCGAGCAGAGGGCAAGGGACCUGCCUGAGAAGACCCCCCGGUCCUCGGCAGAACCAGGGGCAUCCGAUCCUCCGAGCACGGUGUCCCACCUCCCGCCCGUCACACUCCAGGUGAAACUUCCCAGCAAGGAGAAAGAGGCGGACACGUCCUCGCCCACCCGGGCCACCUACAGCAGCUCCCUCCAGCGCUCCAGCCCCCGGACCAUCUCUUUCCGGAUGAGCCCCAGGAAAAUCAACUCGGAAGCAGCCCUAACCCGCAGUGCCAGCGUGAGGCUCCCGGCCAGCACAGUCAAGCUGGGCGAGAAACUGGAGCGGUACCACACCGCCGUGCAGAGGUCGGAAUCCGUGAAGUCCCCAGGCUCCCCCCGCACCGAGCUCUUCGUGGCCCCCGUGGGGGUAGCUAGCAAGCGCCACCUCUUUGAGAAGGAGCUGGCGGGCCAGAGCCGAGCGGAACCCGCCUCCAGCCGGAAGGAGCACCUGAAGCUCUCGGGGGUUGUGACAUCAAGGCUCAAUCUGUGGAUCAGCAGGACUCAGGAGUCUGGUGAACAGGACCCUCAGGAGCUGCGGCAGGAGACAGCGGCCACCAGGAGGACCCAGUGGGGAAAGAAGGCGGACUCGGCCCUGGACGCCGAGGUGUGACCAGCCCUGCCGGGAGAGACUGCGAAUCGAGGCUCAGGGCCUCCCUCCCACGUCCGCACCCCCACUGCCCUGCUCCCUGUCUGCCUCUGGACCCGGAGCCGGAGCCUCAGCCAGCGCCCCCCAGCCCCACCUCCGGGGCGCGGUCCCUGGGACUCAGCGUCAGCCUGCCGGUCACCCUGAGCCUCAGCGUCCCAUCCAGGGACAUCUGCUUCCUGGUCAGUCCAGGGUGAGGGCAGCGCUCCCCGCAGGACUCUGGAGCCACCUGUCUGACUGCUCCUCACAGGUGUCUCACUGUCACUGAGGCCUGGCUCCCUGCUUCGUCCCUGGGCUUGUCCCCGCUGGCCGAGGCCCUGCGGGAGCUGCACUGCCUUCCAUCACCCGCUCCCCCCCAUCACGGCCCUGCCGCCCGCCCUGGCCGGACCCCAGUGCCUUUCCUCGCCCCUCACGCCCCCUUCUCAGGAAAGAUCCGAUAAACUCAUUCACUCUCAGGUGUAAGUGACGAAUAAACAAACAUCCCUCAAAACUGA